AUGACGGUAAAUCAGGGGGGCCAAGAUAGAUCUGUGUUUUUAAUGGUAACAUUCGAUGGGGGCAAAAACACCGGUGCCAUAUAUGAAGUUAAAUUCAAAUUCGGAGGAGAAAUGGAUGAUAUGGGCGGAGGAGGAGCACCUAAACCUGUAGCCACAUUCAGUGAUUUUAACGUUCAGGGUGCAAGGAUUUUUGACCGCUCUGAACUAUAUGUAUUUACAGACGAGGAUUGGGAUAAGCCUGACCUUAGUUCAUUCAAAGGGUCUAUCUUUAAUACGAAAACUAGGAAAUUAGAUUCCUUCACACCUUCUACCGUACAGUUUAAGGCUCGUGGAACAGUUGUGUCGGCAUAUGGCACACUUUAUUUUCUUGAAGCCAAGGGACGAAGUCGGAGUCUAGGUUUUGGGAAAUACAAUCCUGAUAAGAAGGAUUGGGUGCGACUGUCUUUGUUUCCAUUUUCUUAUGAAUACAUUAUGGAGGUAACUGGUUAUGCCGUUUGUUACGGCCUUAUUUUGUAUACAUUGUGUGACAGACACCGAAACUUGGAUGUCGUUGCUUUUCACGUGGGUACAAAGAAUUGGAAACGAGUGCAAACUAACACUUAUAUUCCUUUCCGAGGGAGGGCCGUGGUUGUAGGCGAGACUAUCUAUGCCUUAAAUAUGUUUAAGGUGGAUGAGAUUAUAGCAUACUCCUUGAAGAGUAAGGUAAAUGAUGAUGGUGAUAUUGCAUAUUCACUAGUGCAACUGUAUAAAUUGAACGGCCUUGAGAUUGCGGAUCCCCCAUUGCAAUUUGGUGAAUUUGUGACUGACUAUUUGGUUCAUCUGGGGAAUCAAGACUUAGUUCAUGUUAAGACUGGCACUAACGAAGAAUGUGAUGAGGUUCAACAUCUUUGUAUCACCAUGUUUCAAAUUGUCCAAGAAGAAACAAGACAUAUGAUCGAGACCUUACAUUCAAUUGUUCUUCCUGUGGAUAUCGAGGCCGGUAAUUGGUUCAUGCUUACGUUCGGCUUUACUCCAGAGUGCGAGGAUUAUGAACCUGUAGAAAGAGAGAGUGCAACUAGCAUGAAGCAGCCAAAACAAGAAGAUGAAAUCACUCUGGAUGAGAGUUCUUUUAUGUGGGAGGAAGAAGCCAAGCAGGAAAUAACUGCUAGACAGCCAGAAAAAGCCUCCAUUCAGCAGGAAAAAGCCAACCAGAAAAAAAGACAAAAAAGAAAAAGCUUUUGGAAGGAGGGGUUACAGGUAGUAGAAAACAAGUUGUAA